AUGUCGGCCCAGACCCAGACGAAGACCUUCGGCAAGUCGACCCGGGAGGUCCCUGCCUCCACGGAGAAGGCUAAGAAGUGGUACCCUGUCGACGAUGAGUCCGAACCCAAGAAGGUUCGCAAGGCCGUCCGCGCCUGGGCUCCCCGUCAGUCCCUCCAGCCCGGUACCGUCCUGAUCCUCCUGGCCGGUCGCUUCCGUGGCAAGCGCGUCGUCCUCCUCAAGACGCUCGACCAGGGUGUCCUCCUCGUCACCGGCCCCUUCAAGAUCAACGGUGUUCCCCUCCGCAGGGUCAACUCCCGCUACGUCAUCGCCACCUCCCUCAAGGUCGAUAUCUCCGGUCUUGACGACAAGAAGAUUGAGGAGAUCUCCCAGCCCAAGUACUUCACCGCCGAGAAGGCUUCUGAGAAGGCCGGCGAGGAUGCUUUCUUCAAACAGGGAGAGAAGCCCCAGAAGAAGGAGGUCAAGAGCUCUCGUGCUGCUGACCAGAAGGCCGUCGACAAGCCUCUGAUCGCCAACAUCAAGAAGGUCGAGUUCCUCCCCAGCUACCUCUCCAGCUCCUUCAGCCUGCGGAAGGGUGACAAGCCCCACGAGAUGAAGUGGUAG